AUGGGCUCACUCGAAGCAAACCGCGUUGAAGAGCUAGAUGCUCUCAUUAUCGGAGCUGGCUUCUCUGGUGUAUACCAACUCAAAAAGCUCCGGGACGAGGGUUAUAAGGUCAAGCUUGUAGAGUCAGGUUCUGGCUACGGUGGGAUCUGGUACUGGAACAGGUAUCCAGGUGCCCGUGUUGAUAGCCAUGCGCCCCACUACCAGUUCUCGGACCCCGAACUCUGGCAGAACUGGCACUGGAAGCAGCGAUUUCCCGACCACAAGGAACUACGAGAAUAUUUCGAAUUUGUGGCAGAGAAAUGGGACCUUAGAAAAGACACCUACUUCGAUACCUAUAUCACCUCAGCUAUUUGGGAUGAGAACGAGUUCAAGUGGGUUAUCACGGCAAAAGAUGGCCGGGUCUUCAAGUCAACAUUCUUUUUGCCGCACACCGGAAUUGCAGCUAGUCGGUCGACUCCUAAAUGGAAAGGCAUUGAGUCAUUCAAAGGCCUUAUAGUUCAUUCUUCUUACUGGCCGCAUGAUGAGCCGGAUCUAAGGGGCAAGAAGGUUGCCGUUGUUGGCACAGGCUCUACCGGCGUCCAGCUAUCUCACGCUGUAAGCGAGGUGGCUGGGGAGCUCGUAGUAUUUCAGCGUACGCCUGCCAUGCCAUUGCGAAUGAGACAGAUACAGUAUGCCGAUGAUGAAGAACCUAUGCCUAAAGAGGCAUUGGCAGAAUUCUUUGAUACCUGUCAUGACCGCUAUUGGGGUUUCGAUUUCGAACUCCUCCCGAAGAAAACCUUUGACGAUGAUGAGGCUACACGGCAGGCUACUUACGAAGCCCUGUGGAAGAAUGGAGAUUUCACCUUCUGGCUUGGAACCUACUCAGACAUGUUAUUUAACCCCGAGGCCAAUCACGAGGCCUACAAGUUCUGGCGCGAGAAGACGCGAGCUCGUCUUAACGACCCUAGGCACCGAGAACUUUUGGCGCCUACAAAUCAGCCCUAUCCGUUUGGGUGCAAGCGGGUACCGCUCGAAAAUGGGUACUUCGACAUGUUCAACAAGCCAAAUGUAGACCUCGUUGACGUUAAUGAGACCCCCAUCGUUGAAGUAACAGAGAAUGGAAUUAAGACAACCGAGAAGGAGUUGGAAUUUAACGUAAUUAUUCUUGCGACCGGCUUUGAUGCCGUCACGGGCGGCCUGACUACCAUGGAUAUCCGCGGGAUCGGUGGCCAGACCGUGAAGGACAAGUUCCAUAAGCAAGGACCUAGCACAUUCUGCGGUAUCUGCAUCGCCGGAUUCCCGAACAUGUUUUUUUCGAACGGACCUCAGUCUCCGUCAGCUUUCUGCAACGGCCCCACGUGUUCUGAGAUCCAGGGCAACUGGAUCGCCGACGUCAUGAACCGCCUCCGCCAGGCGGGGAUCAACAGCAUUGUGGCGGAUGAAGAAGGCGAGAAAACAUGGACCGAGCACGUGGAAGGCGUGACAAACGCAUCGCUUCUUCCGAAGGCCAAGGGUUGGUACAUGGGUGACGGUAUUGCCGGGAAGCCAAGAGCAUCGCAGAUGUACUUAGGAGGCGUGCCGAACUACAAAGCGAGCCUGGGAUAUAGCGCAUUGAACGGGUACAAAGGAUUCCACUUCGAGGGGUUGAAUGUAUAA